AUGGGAGCCCAGCUGACUGGUAUUUUACGUCGUCCGUCACCGGGGUUCUAUUGUGUGAUGUCUUUCCAGGAAUUGAAAAGGAAGAGUAGUUCAAAACUGAACGCCGUGGCUAUUCGCAAGCACUGUGCUAAGGCUUCCUUACUUAUUGAUGAGUCUCGACAUCUUCUACGAGCUCGUCUUGUUCAUGAGGAAUCGGGUCAGCUGGUGUACAGCAAGCUUCGUGAUGGAGAAAUUAGUUUCGUUCUGAGUCAACCACCGUCAGAUCUAGCAGUAGCAACGAUGCUUCUACAGCCGCUACUGCCUUCAGCUCGCCAGCCCACCAACGCUCGAGGUACAUUUGUUGCCAAGUUCAAUAUUGCUGCCACUUCUUCGUGUACGCGCGUGUUGCAUCUAGAAAGUGGCGUAUUGUAUGGCCUACAGCCAUCUCAAUCAUCAACACAAAAUUCUGAGUCCGUCUGUGCGGUCCGAUCAAGGCGUCCGACUAGUGCGCCCGUAACAGCACAAAGUCACCAGUUGGAAGAAAUUAUGAAGGGAGAAAUGCGAACACUCGUGCGCGAGGUUGAAGCUGCUUUCAGUGAUCGUGUGCGGUUAUUGACGGCCAAUUUUCAGAUUACGGAUAUGCACAGGCUGGUGCUUGUUCGUGUAAGUGGUGUGGUAUUUUUCUCUGACUUGGUUCAGAAGAAAGAAGUACAUGCAACUUCCUCUUCCGUCGCCAUAAGCAACAGCCACAAGUGCGCCGGUCGAGUGUUUUGCCAUUGCACCGAUAUAGUAACCGCUCCUGGUUUGAUUCGGUCACGCUCUUCGAGAAAGCAGGCAGAAGUGUGUCAAAUUACACGCAAGUCGAUUUCUCUGAGCGAGAAUGAAACUGCGUUUCUGAAGCGCUUUGGAGCUGAAGCCGAGGCAUCUUUACACCCAAUUGAAGCCUCAGACUUGAAAGUAUCUGCUUCUUGGGCUAGCCGGGGUAAGACUGGUGGCGGCCAGUACUUGGCUGUCAUGCAGUUGCUGGAGCGACGCAUUUUCAUGCUUCAAAACACGUUGUGGAACCCAAAAUCAGACGCCUUUGAUCCAAAAGCCCUGGAAUUUGAGGACGCUCGAUGGCUACCGCAUGAGUACGAGAUGGUUGCUGUCUGUCAAGCGUGUAAUCUCAUCUACCAGGUCAUUGAUGACGAGAGAUUCAGUCGAUCUCGUGAGACGGCUGCGGCGGCAACUCGGAGACCAACGGAACUUUGUCGCUCCAAAUUUCUCGAUAGUGAACAGGCUACCUUGUGUGGACUGCCAGUGGACAAGUGA